UAUUCUUACCACACGUGACAUGGGAGCUGGUGACUACUAGUGACAAAUCAACGGCUGCUGCUAAUGCUACAAGUUUGUUGACGUUUCGUCUUUUUCUCACCUCCUCUCUCCAAAUUGAGAGACUCGCCGCCAGCAUGGACAACAGCGGCAAAGAGAAAGAAGCCAUGGCUUUGAUGGCCGAGGCCGAGAAGAAGUUAAAGUCCUCGCAGUCAUUUUUCGGAGCGCUUUUUGGGGGCUCGUCCAAGCAGGAAGAGGCCUGUGACUUGUAUGUGAGGGCCGCCAACAUGUUCAAGAUGGCUAAGAACUGGUGUGCGGCAGGGAACGCCUUCUCUCAGGCGGCCUGCCUCCAUCUGCAGAUGCAGAGCAAACACGAUGCAGCCACCAACUUCAUAGACGCUGGAAACUCCUUCAAAAAAGCCGAUCCCCAAGAGGCCAUAAACUGUCUAAACCGAGCUAUCGAGAUAUACACAGAUAUGGGCCGAUUCACCAUCGCGGCCAAACACCACAUCAGCAUCGCCGAAAUCUAUGAGACGGAAAUGGUGGACAUUGACAAGGCCAUCGCGCACUUUGAACAAGCAGCAGAUUAUUACAAAGGCGAAGAAUCCACCAGUUCAGCCAACAAGUGCCUUUUGAAGGUCGCCACAUACGCCGCCCAGCUGGAGCAGUACCCCAAAGCUAUCGAGAUCUACGAGCAGGUGGGCACUCAUGCCAUGGACAGCACACUGCUUAAAUACAGCGCCAAGGAUCACUUCUUUAAGGCGGCCCUGUGUCACUUCUGUGUGGACAUGCUGAACGCUAAACUGGCUGUGCAGAAGUACGAAGAAAUGUUCCCAGCCUUUUCGGACUCUCGAGAGUGCAAAUUGGUAAAGAAACUGAUAGAUGCGUACGAAGAACAGAACGUGGAUGCCUACACUGACUCGGUUAAGGAAUAUGACACCAUCUCGCGGCUUGAUCAGUGGCUCACCACCAUGCUUCUGCGCAUCAAGAAGACCAUACAAGACGACGAGAGCGAUCUGCGCUGACCUCCCUUCGGCUCUCACAAUGCUGUCUCCCGUUUUUCGCCUUGACUCUCUCUUAUCUUAAAGCCCUUAUGUCCCCCUUUCGUAACGUCCACCGGAUCUGAUAUCACAGUAUGAAUGCGAUCCUCCUAAGUACAUUAGUUAGUCUAUCACUUUGCCAGCACGUUUAGAAUACGGUAAUUCCCCGCAAAUCACGGAGAAUCAGGCACAAGCCCUGCCGCAAAUCGCAAAAAAAAAACAUAACUGACCCCCAAACACAUUUAGAUUCCUGGUAUUAAUAGUUUAAACCAUAAAUAUACCACAAACUGUGAUCCCAAAACAGUUUAUAAACAUUUCCCUCUUUUUACAACAUGAUCCUUAAAUAUAAGUGCCUUCAGAUAAAUUGAACCCUGAGCAUGCGUGUACAGCCAUGUGACGAAGGCUCUCUUUUACAACCCAGAUGUACGAAUGACUUCGUCAAUACUUUCUUAGACUAACUGUAUUACAGGGUAAAACUAACUUUCAUUCAAAAUUGGUUAGAAAAUCCAUAUUCCUUUGAAAAAUUAAUUGAAACAAAUGCUGCAAAAAUGACAGUAAGUCUCCAUGGAUCGGCCCAAGGACCAGUGGCAUCAACAACAAAACAAGAUUGGGCAUCUGGAAAAUAUAAAUAAGUGAAAAUACAUUAAAGUUUUUUUUUUCCUUCAAGAAUACUUUGUAUGUGCCACCACGAAUCAAAACAUGAUAUUCAGGUUGUGUUUGUGUAAUAAGAAAGAUUCAGAAUAAUUCAUCACUUUGCAAUCUUACGGGGUCGUCACUGUAGGCAAUAUCAUCCUAUGCUGGUGACUGAAAUUAAUCCCCAUGAGUGUUGUUUGUUCGGGGGGGAAAAAAAUCAUGACUUUAAUGAUACGACAAACUCUAGUUGCAAUUUAGGAGGUGGAUUGGUAAUUACUUUUUGUCCACCCACCCUGUACUUUUGCACCAUCUUGUUGCAUGUCAGGUCAUCGGGAAGAGCAGAGAGUUGUUUUGCCAACUUUUUUUUUUGUUUUUUUGCAAGUAAAGGAGCAUAGGUUAAAAAAUAGAACAGGUGAAUUCACAGAUAGUCAACUGUGAGUAUGCUGUUUAUUGGCGAUACGUGAACACCGAUUGUGCGCCACCAAUUGACCACCUGCCUAUUUAUAAUUGCUAAUUUCAAGAAAUUACAUUAUGCAACCGACUUGAUUUCAAAACUACAAUUUUGCGAUAUUUCCCUUAAAAAUAAGUGGCUUAUGUGUGAAUUGUGUUUGAGCAAAUUGCGAACUCCGGAACAAUCGAGGCUAAAAUUAGCUUCUCCGCAACAUGUAGACCUUUUCUCAGUCGAGAUGCAUCAGUAGAGGCAUGCUUUCCUCGGCCAACUGUACUACUUUCUUAUUUCGACAGGUACUUUGGAACCAUCUUGGGGUGUUAGAGCACGAUUGGUUUUCUCCCAAAUAAUGGAGUACGAGUUUGGGAAAUGUGUAGGGGAUUCCUGUAUCACUUUACUUUCUGGAUAGACCCGUCUGAUCCUCAAAUGUUUUGUGACCCUCUUAACUGAACAAAGAUAAGGAAAAUGCUCCCAUUGGUUUUGGCCUCUAGUGGUGUCAUAGCACCUCUAAUAUUAACCAUGACUUUUUCACCUCAGUUCAUGAAUCUCAUUUUCCCCCUCAAGAGCUAUUUGUGCUUUUGUUCCACAAGUCACAGACAUUUUCUAUCCUUUUGGACGAUAGCGGCAGAGUGGCGGCUUUCCACUGUUUCAGAACAUUUUUUUUUUGCGCUUGUUUUAUUUGUGACUGGUUUGUGUGAACAUCUCUUUCCUAAACGCCACUGAUCAUACAAAUUGCCCCCCCCCCACCCCAAAAAUCGUGUAGUCAAGUAAAAAAAAAAAAAUCCUUUACAAUACAGCCAGUGUUUUAAGUCACCUUUUAACAGUUCCCACUGUCAUAUUAGUGCAGUUAACCAUUGUAUAAUAAACUACAAGUAAAGCUAAAGUAAAUCCACUCACCCUUGUAUACCCCUGACAGACGUGUCAUGGCGAGGGAACUUUUUGUAAAGCAAUACUGACACGUAAAGGCCUUUUAUAGGUACUGACUGAUGAACUUAAGCACUGUGUCGUGUUUCUCAAAUUGUAUCUUAAAACAAAAUGACAUAUAUAGUUCUUCAGGUUUUGUUAAGGGUUGCCUUACAUCCUUGUAAACGUCACCAAUCUUCCUAUUCGAUGGACAUAAUAUGGAUGGAAGCGCAAACUGACUAGCUUCGAGUUCAGCACUUUGAAAUACGUAGAAAUGAUGGGAUAAAAGAAAUUCAAAAUAUAUAUAUCUUGUUAUGCCAGUGAUUCUUGUUUUGUUUUGUUUUGUUUUCCGAAGUAGCACCUCAAUAAAAUACUUGGAUCUCCCA